UCUGUUCUGUUGCAUUGCGUUGCAGAAGACGAAGAGAACCCAGGGAAAUUCGCAGAGCAGAGGGUGCCGGAAAAAUGUCCGCUCGCUUGCUCAAAAAGGUUUUGAAGGAGCAGGAGGAGCUCGAGCUACGACACCACUCUUCUCACCACUCUUCUACGAGUCAAGAUGGACGAGAUUCUCCCCCAUCUCAGGAUGAUGCAUCUGAGUCCCCUACUGCCUCUUCUAUAAAUCCCUUCCACCUCCUUGACGAUCAAGAAGAUGACCCCCCAAAACAGGACAAUGAUCAAGAGGCCGUGGAUGAAAUUUCUGCGGACUUGCAUAAGCAGUUUGUGCAUAAUGGAACUAGAAGUGCAAUUUCAACAUCUAAUAAAAAAUUGAAGAAAAAGAAAAAGAAGAAAGAGCGGGAGAAGUCUUCUUCCACCRGAGAUAAAAUCCUUGAUAAGCCCUUGGAUAUGAUUCUAGAAUCUCUGUCUCUGGAUGUUAACACCUCUGCUUUAAGCCUUCAACAUGGCCCUGAGAAAGCCAAGAAUGGUGUUGACGAAAGGAAUCGUGGAAAGCAAUGUCUACCUUCAUUGUUAGAAGUGGAUCCUAAAUAUUUAAAUGCUGGGAAUGAACUUCGAAGAAUAUUUGGUUCUAAGGUGGUAAAAUCAUUUGAAAGAAAUCAUCAGGCUAGUAGUUCCAGACAAGUACGUGGGGGAAGACGUGUCAACCAUCUUGCUAGGAAGACCUAUCUUGUUAGUCCAUCAGACCAUUGGCCCCGUUUGGAUGGUUCACUUUCCAUGGAGUUUUUGGAUACAAGGGAUGGAUAUCACUAUUUUAGAUAUGUACACCUGCCAUCCUAUGUUGAAGCUCAGAGAGGAUUUGAGGCUGCCAAAUCUAUUCAUGAUCUCAAUGGCAUUGCUAGUAUUCUGUUGUACCACCCAUAUCACUUGGAUUCACUUAUAACGAUGACAGAGUAUUUUAAAUUUGUGGGCGACCAUGAAAUGUCAGCAGAUGCAGUUGCAAAGAGUUUAUAUGCCUUGGAAUGUGCAUGGCAUCCUAUGUUUACUGUCUUACAGGGUAAUUGCCAGUUGAAGAUCAGCCAUGAAACGAACAAGCCGAUGUUUACAUCACUUUUUACUCACGUAAAAAACUUGGAUAGGCGUGGUUGUCAUCGAUCUGCCUUAGAAGUUUGCAAACUAUUACUUUCACUGGACUCUGAUGACCCAAUGGGGUCUCUCUUCUUCAUUGAUUACUUAUCUUUGAGGGCAGAAGAAUACACAUGGCUGGAGAAGUUCGCUGAGAGCUAUAAAAAUGAUACUUCAUUGUGGUUGUUUCCAAACUUCUCCUUUUCCCUUUCCAUAAGUCGAUUUUAUCUUGAGCGUGAAGAACCGUUAAAGACUGAUAAUCUUGAUUGUACAAGAGCUAAUUCAACAGAUCUUCUGAAGCAGGCGUUAAUGCUUCACCCUUUGGUCUUGAAGAGAUUAGUGGAAAAGGUGCCACUGAAGGAACAGUUUUGGGUGCAUAUACUCAAGCAUUCCUUCUUCCUGCCAGAUCAGACCGGAAUUCCAUCCUUGGAUCACCUCAUUAAUUUAUACGUCGAGAGGAAUUACAUUAUAUGGAGAAUCCCAGAUCUACAAAAGUUACUCAGAGAGACUGCACAAUUGAUAAUUGAAACCCUGGAAACUGAUCGAAACGAUGCCAAAGACUGGGCUUGUGUGAGAAGAGAAGCAUUCACAUCCGAGAAAAAUGAGUAUGCUCAUUUAUUGGUCUCGGAUUUCUCUGAUUCAGUAUCGUCUGCCCCUCCUGAAGCCUUGCAAGAUUUUGUGGUUGAUCCAAGGGUGAGAGACGUACAGAAUAUAAUUCAACAUGCCAAUCCUCCUGAUCAACGGCAACCCACCCGGGAAAUUGCAAAUAGGAGUGCAUUGGCUGUCCUGUUUGAAUCAAUGCUACCUUGGGUUAAUUAUGGGGAUGAGAGAGAUGUGGGUGUUGACGAUGGUAACCAGCCCGAUGAGCAUGACCAUUGAGUUGUCAAUUAUUCUCCAGUUUCAAGUUCGAAAAUGGACUUGUUGUGAUGCGGCAUAGAUCACCUACGCUCAACUUGUGUUAUAUGGUGGCAGUCUCCCAUCUGUCAUUGGUUUCCAACUGCGAUUGAUUGGUAGUUGUACUUCUAUGUAGGUAGUUCUGAAUUCUCAAUGCAUAUGUUAUAUUUCUCAAGCAAAGAUUGAUCAAUUCGUAGAUUGGAGAAGAUUUCUUUCUUACAUGUUGCACAGUAAAUAGAUGAUUAAUUAUACUUUUCUUGUUCUAGUA